CUGCAACAACACUCCUUAUAACGUCUCCUUCUCCCAUCCCCUCUCUCCUCCAUCCAUUCUCUCUUUCUCUCUCUCCCCCUCUCCACCUCUCCCUGGGCUCUUGCAUGGCGCAGUCCUUCGACGACGCUGACUUCUGGCUUCCCUCGAAGCACCUCCCUCGCCACGACCACCCGUGCGGCAUGGGCAGGGGCAAGCUCGGGCCCGGCGCGAACGCCGCCGUCCUCGCCGUCGAUCGGCGCGGGCCCGAGCCCGGGGUCGACGGCGAGCUCGCUUGGUGCCUGAGCAACUUCCCCAGCGAGUUCCCCUACGAGAUCGACUCGCCGGUGGAGUCCGUGCUGAGCUCGACCGAGACGGAGAGCAGCGACGAGGAGGACCCCUGGGCCGGGUUGGCUCGAGCGCUGACUCAGUCCCCCUUUUACGAGCCCCCCGCUCAGAAGCUGCCCGUUCCUGGUUUCGCUCGCCACAAGCCCGAGAAAUUAUGGGUCAUGGCCGGUUCACCCAAAUCCACACUGAGUGGAAUCGGCAGCUGGUCGAGUCGCAGCCUGUUCUCCGCGAACGAAAGCCCGAAGAACGUCUCUCAGAUUCCAUCUCCAACCACGCCGUUCGGGGCCGAGAGCGAGACUUGGGAUCUCGUGUACGCUGCAGCUAUGGAGGUGGCGAGGUUGAAGAUGACAUGUCAGGAAGCGAAGUACAGCGCUCACCAGCAAAACGGAGGACUCGUCUCCGGAAGAAUCACUAACCCAGGGCUCCACUCGAGCCACCACCGAGUCGCUCACGUUCUGACUCAGCCAACUCAGCAUCCUCAACAUGCAAGAGAGGACCGAGUGCUAAAACGACAAGCCUCCCUUCCGGUCUGGGCAAGAACAAUGGAGGGCUGGUCCGAGAAUCAGCAACAGCAACAGCUACAGUUACAGAUCCAGAGCAGAGUGAAAAAUGCAGGGCUCGUGAAUGGAAGAUGCGGGCGAAAUCAGGGAUAUCUCCAGUCCGCAUGGACUCCUCUGCACAACGGUCCGGGCGUGAGAGCUCCUCCCUUCGUUGCCGGAUCCGGGUCGAAGCGCGAGUGCGCCGGCACCGGCGUCUUCCUCCCUCGGAGAUACGGGGAUUUGCCGGAAUCUCGCAAGAAAUCAGGCGGUUCGACGACGGUGGUUGUGCCUCCGAAAGUCGUGCAGGCUCUGCAGUUGAACGUCGACGAUAUGAGCGGUCAAGCUCAGCCGUUCUCGAAUGACGCUUUUGCCCCUGACCACGCCGCGUUGAUGGCCAGAAGGGCUGCGCUCCUGUCGAAACAGAGGAGUUUAAACCACGAAAUACGCCUCCCUCAGGAGUGGACGUACUGAAGAAGAAGAAGAAGAAGAAACAAAGAAGAAGACCAAGAAUUUGUUAGUGCUGUUUGUUGGAUAAAACCAUUAGUUUUUGUGAAGAUAGGGCCCGUGACAGGUCGCGACUAGGGAAAAUGGUACUUGAUUUUCUUGGUUAUUUUCCAUAAGGGGCAAGAAUAUAUAUAUAUAUAUAUAUAUAUAUAAUAUUAGUGAAUCAAGUGUAAGUUAGUGGUAGGAAAAUAGAGGUUAGAAAUAAGUUUUAAGUAUAUAUAAUUUCCAUCUUUUAAGGAGAUUGCUACCCAUCUUUAGGAAUUGAAUAGGGUAAUAGCUGGGGGGGGGGGGGGGGGGUUUCUUGUAAUAAAGAAUAGGGUAACAUCAAGAAAAGGUUCUUGAUGUCCUUUUGGGUUUGAAUUUGGGGUUUCUCUGGAGGGUUUUUUAGUUCAAGAUGUGAGAUUUUUUUCUUUUUUGUUGGGGGGAAGGUUGUCUUCCCCCUUUUUUUGUGUAGCGGUGAUGGUUGUAGAUGAGGGUGUCCACAACCACAAAUCCCCCUCUUUUGUAAUAUUUGCCUAGAUGAUGAUGAUGAUGAUUAGAAAAGCAUAGAGUAUAUUAUAUUAAUAACAAGGAUCUAAGUUUUGUGCUAGAA